AUGACACGAUCAAUAUUGGUAGCUGCCGCGCGGACGGCGAGACCUCUCCUAGCCUCUCCCGCUCGCCAGGGCCGGUCCCUUGCAUCCGUCGCCGGACUGAGCUCCUCCUCCACCGCGGCCCCGGCGCCGAGAACGGCGGCGGCGGCAGCGCCAGCACAACGACACACCAGCCGCUUCUACUCGUCUUCUUCCUCCCGUAAGAACUGGAAGGAGAAGCUAGUCGCCUUCUCCAAGCAAGACAAGACGCCCCUCUACGAUUUCCACAUCGCCCACGGCGGCAAGAUGGUCAUCUUUGGAGGGCAUCACAUGCCCGUCCAGUACGCCGGCCAGUCCCUCGCCGAGUCCCACCACUUCACCCGCAAUCACGCCUCCCUCUUCGACGUGAGCCACAUGGUCCAGCACCGCUUUACCGGCCCGAAAGCCGCCGCCUUCCUCGAGACCGUCACCCCUUCCAGCGUGGCCGAUAUGGAGGUCAACACGAGUAAGCUCAGCACUUUCUUGCACCCGGGCACGGGAGGCAUCGUCGACGACACAAUGAUCACCCGCCUCGGCGAGAACGAGUACGCCGUCGUCUCCAACGCCGGUACUAGAGAAAAGAUCUUCAAGUACCUCACCGAGCACACGGCCUCGCUCCAGAAGCCCGAGGGUACUGACUUUUGGUGGGAGGUGCUAGAGGGCUACGGCCUCAUCGCCCUGCAGGGUCCCCAGAGCGCCGAGGUCCUCCAGGAGGUCCUCGACCCCGUCGAUGGGUUGGACCUGAGCAAGCUGUACUUUGGCAACACGGGCUUCGCCCGGCUCAGGUACCAGGUCGACGGGCAGUGGAAGUCUACGUCGGAGAAGGCCAUGAUCAGCCGCGGAGGCUACACCGGCGAGGACGGCUUCGAGAUCUCCUUCAAGUCAACCGACGGCGAGGCGGGCCCCCUAGCCGAGACGCUGCUCAAGGUCGCCGGCCCGGAGAGGCUGCAGCUCGCGGGUCUCGGCCCGCGAGAUAGCCUGCGGCUGGAGGCGGGAAUGUGCCUGUACGGUCACGAUAUUGACGACACGACGACACCGGUGGAGGGCAGCCUGUCGUGGAUCAUCCCCAAGGAGCGGAGGACAAAGGGCGGCUUCCACGGCGCUGAGGUGAUCAACAAGCAGCUCGUGCCAAAGAGCAAGGGUGGCGCUGGCAUCGAGAGGCGCCGCGUGGGCUUCGUGAUUUCCGGCGCGCCUGCUCGUGAGGGCGCCGAGAUCUUCACAAAGGACGGCGAGAAGGUUGGUGUCAUCACCAGCGGCUCGCCCAGCCCGACGUUGGGCAAGAACAUUGCCAUGGGAUACGUCAAGGAGGGUCUACACAAGUCCGGCACCGAGUUGGACGUUGUGGUGCGCGGGAAGAAGAGGGGAGCCGUGGUGUCCAAGAUGCCCUUGGUCCCAAGCAAAUACUUCAAGGGACCGACUCCCGCACCUGCGUAA